UUUCCUCAGACUGGGCCGGGUGAGCGGAUUAUCCGGUCCGAUGGAAACGUUCUGGUUUUUGAUGUUUAAGUUUUUUCUGACUCGGCGGUGAUGAUGAAUGGAGCCUUGGAUUUCCACAACAUCCAUAAACCUCCAAAAGGUGAAGAAGAGUCAGACUCUCGUUUCGGGUCGUUGUGUUUGGGGAUCGUUUCUGCCCUUCUGACGGCCAGCAUCAUCAUCAUCAUCCGCAUGAGCGGCGUUCUGUACAGACAGGAAGUGAACCUCAGUGAGAUGAAGAUGAAGAUGGAAAUCCUGGAGAAUCGGGCCGAGAUUCUCCUCAGAGACAGAAACGACCUCAACUGGAUGCUGGGAGUCAUCCUGACCUUUGACCUGUUCCCAGUCAGAGAUUUCUGUCGUGAAAACAGGUGCCAGCCGUGCAGGCGAGGCUGGACUCUGUUCCAGCACAGGUGCUAUUUGUUUCAUGAAGACGGCUGGUUUACCUGGCAGGAAGCUCGGCAGCUGUGCCAGGACCGCCAUGCAGACCUGGUGGUUAUCGAUAAUCUGGAAGAACCGGAGUUUAUCAGUAAUCGAACAGACUUCUACUUUGAUAAAAAUCACGGAUACUGGCUGGGACUGAACCAGACGGGCAGCAGCUGGGUCUGGGUUGAUGGACGGGUCGAUACUCUGGGGUUCUGGAUGCAGAAACCAUUUUCCUUUCCUGGGAAAAAUGCGCUGCUGGUUCCCAACAGGAAUCCCACAACCAGCUGGGCCAAAGCCGACUCCGAAUUUAAAAACAGAUUCAUCUGCGAGGGAAAAGCUCUAACAAGGUCAUAGCAGCUUCAACAAAACAGGAUUUUCACCACUUUUGAUUUAAAAACCAAGCAGAAACUUCCUGUUUGGCCUCAGUUUACUUGUUCUGCUUGUUUUUUUUAAUUUUAAUUAAAUAAAUUAAAGAAAAUUAUUUCCUCAGAGUUUUGUUCAGCCUGUACUGGAGGUCAAAAGGUUUGUGACGCUGUUUCUGUUUUAUUUGGAUUUGGUGUCACUUAAAAAAGAAACUAAGUUUAAAUUUAGGUUCUUUUGCUUAUUUUAAACAGAAAUUAAUCUUUUUGUAACACAGAGGAAACUUAAUCUGUGGCAGCUUUUCCUUUACAAAUGUGUGUAAAUCAGUUUAUGUUCUGUAAAUGUUGAAAACAGUUUUGUAAUCGUUUCUGUGUUUCCUCUGUCAUGACCUGUAGAGGUUUGACUUCUGGUAAAACUCGACUUCUUGAUGAAACAUGUUGGGACAUGAUGCCUGAUGAACACAUGAAUUCACUGGACCGGCCUGUUUUAAAUCUCCACAUAAUGGGCUCAAAAAACAUUAUUUCACAAAUAAAUCAUGUUUUAACCUACA